AAUACGACCCUGCAAGAUCUAGUUGACCAAAGAAACACAACUCAAUCUACAAACCCCACAACAGAAACUACUGCAUAUCUAAACCCGAGCUAGUACUAUUGCAAUAAUGCAGUUUCCCGGCUUCUCAGGCGCGCUUGUCGCACUGUCACUUCUGUUUGGCAUCGCCGAGGCGGGGUGCGCUGAAGUCGGCUCCGGUGACGGCAACAACCCACUGAGGUGCAAAUCUUACUCCAUCCCGAGAGACAUCGGUACCAGCGUCACCGUCGGCUUGCAAACCCUCUCGAUCGGCAGAACGAAUCCAACGCAAAAGACUUUCGAGAAGGAGUUCUUCUUCUACGAUAUGAAGAAUGAGGUCAACAACCAAGUAAACUUUGCGGUACAAUUUUGGAACCCAACGAACAAGAAGGUGAGUAAAGUACAUGUUCGGUACAACUAGAUUUAGUUUAUGAGGGUCUACAUGUAGCUACAGUGAGGAACGUGAGACUUUGAGACUGACUUUCGCCAUUAUACAGAAUGCGUGGAAAACGUACAGCUUA